CAUUAUUUUUCCUACCGUUAUCAGUUAACUAUCUCCUACGUCAAGUGCUGGUAAAUUUUUAAUUUGUGUGACUAACAGAGACACGACAGACCUCAAAUACUGCUUGGCAAAGUAAAGAAAAGUGAAAAAUAAAGAAGGUUCAAUUCUUCAAUUGUGUUGUAAUUCCACCAAAAUCUCGCAAAAAUGUCGCUCUCUUCGAUGGAAAACCACUUGUUCAACAUGAAAUUCGCCGUGAAGGAACUCGAACGAAACGCAAAACGUGCAGAAAAGGAGGAGAAGGCAGAAAAGCUGAAAUGUAAAAAGGCCAUCGCCAAAGGAAACAUGGAGGUCGCGAGAAUCCACGCCGAGAACGCAAUUCGUCAAAAGAAUCAGUCUUUGAACUACCUCCGGAUGGGGGCACGGGUGGAUGCGGUCGUGAGUCGGGUGCAGUCUGCCGUCACGACGAGAAAGGUGACCACCUCGAUGCAGGGCGUGGUUCGUGCGAUGGACGCUGCCAUGAAAUCGUUGAAUUUGGAGAAAAUAUCCGGAUUGAUGGAUAAGUUUGAGAAGCAAUUUGAAGAUUUGGACGUGCAGUCGUCUUACAUGGAAAAUACGAUGAGUCAAACCACCACCACUGCCGUUCCUCAAAAUGAUGUGGAUCAUCUCAUGCACCAAGUGGCGGAUGAAGCGGGUUUGGAGUUGAAUAUGGAAUUGCCACGCGGCGAAACCGAGUCCAUCGCGUCGACACAAGUUUCACAGGAGCAGGACGAAUUAACUGCCAGAUUGGCCAGAUUGAGGCAGCAAGAGUGAUUUAAUUACGAAUAUUUUUUGUAAUACGAAAAAUUCCAGUUUAUGUGUAACCAAUCAAGCAUUACCUUUUCUAAAUGGAGUCGUUAUUAAAACUUAUGAUAUACCAAUCGCUUUAUUUCGUGGUAUUAGCGUCUUCUCCGUGUAAAUAAAUUCAUUAUUAUACGUGUGCUUUGAGAUGAAAGUAUAUAUGCAAAAUUAUCAAAUAAAACAUGCAUUAUUGAAAA